AUGACUGAUUUAAAUGGUAAAGAUGUAGAUGUAUUACUUAAUGCUUCUCGCUGCGGAGACAAUAAAACUGUAGACAUUUUAAUCGCUAGAGGGAUUAGCGUUAAAGCAGUAAAUGAUAAUGGAAUAAAUGCAUUAAUGUUUGCCUCAUCAAGGGGAAACGAUACAACUGUAGAUUUGUUAAUUAUUAGGGGUAGUGAUAUUAAAGCUGUAGAUAAAAAUGGAAAGAAUGCAUUAAUGUACGCAUCUGAGAGUGGAAAUGAUAAAACAGUAGAUUUGUUAAUUAAAAGGGGGAGUGAUGUUAAAGCUGUAGAUAAAUAUGGAAAGAAUGCAUUAAUGUACGCUUUAGGUAGAGGACAAGAUAAAACUGUAGAUUUGUUAAUCAAUGGGGGGAGUGAUGUUAAAGCUGUAGAUACAUUUGGAAAGAAUGCAUUAAUGUACGCUUCUGAGAGUGCAAAUGAUAGAAUAGUAGAUUUGUUAAUUAAUAGGGGUAGUGAUGUUAAAGCUGUAGAUAAAUAUGGAAUGAAUGCAUUAAUGUACGCUUCUCAGAAUGGAAAUAUUAAAAUAGUAGAUUUGUUAAUUAAAAAGGGGAGUGAUGUUGAAGCUGUAGAUAAAAUUGGAAAUAAUGCUUUGAUUUGGGCUAUCAAAUGGGGAAACGAUAAAACUAUAGAUUUGUUAAUUAAUAGGGGUAGUGAUGUUAACGCUGUAGAUGAAAAUGGAAUUAAUGCAUUAAUGUACGCUUCAGAGAGAGGAAAUUAUAAAACAGUAGAUUUGUUAAUUAAUAGGGGUAGUGAUGUUAAAGCUGUAGAUAAAUAUGGAAAGAAUGCAUUAAUGUACGCUUCUGAGAAUGGAAAUGAUAAAACAGUAGAUUUGUUAAUUAAUAGGGGUAGUGAUGUUAAAGCUGUAGAUAAAUAUGGCAAGAAUGCAUUAAUGUACGCUUCUGUAAAUGGAAAUGAUAAAACAGUAGAGUUGUUAAUUAAAAAGGGGAGUGAUGUUAAAGCUGUAGAUGCAUUUGGAAAGAAUGCAUUAAUGUACGCUUUAGAAGAGUGUCAAGAUAAGACUAUACAUUUUUUAAUGAAAAGUCGGUUUGAUAUCAGUUCUCAAGCUAAACUUAUAAUUCACCAAGACAAAGUCUCCAAGCUUUUGAUCAAAUCUGGAGCUGAUGUUAACAUUAUUGACGAAAAUGGGUGGAGUGCGUUGAUGUACGCUGCCAAAAGUGGAGCUCAGCAAACAGUUAAGCUCUUGGUGGAAUCUGAUUGCAAUGUUCUAGCUGUGAAUAAAGAUGGAAACAAUGCAUUAGCUAUAGCGUCAAAAUAUGGCUACAAAGAUAUUGUUGAGUUUUUGAGCUCCUUGCUCAACACAAAUGUCAUUGUUGAAACUAAACAAUACGCGGGUCGUGUUAAGUCUUUGGUAAGUAGACUAUAG